UUGCUAAAUAAUACUUGCUUGAAAAGGGCUCAUUUAUUAUGUUCCGUAUUAAAAAAAACAUAUUAAAUUACCGGGCUUCUGUUAAUCAUUUCUGCUAACAUUUUCUUUAAUUCCAGCUGGUGAAGACGAGUACGCCUGCAAACGAAUCGAUUAUUUCGCUCAAGAUUACAGUCCAGACCUCAAAGAUUCAACGUUAGUUAUUCCAUAUGUUGUUUCAAAAGCUGCCAUYUUUUUUCUGCUGGCAGGAUCRAUCAUGAUUGCAGCYUUUAUGUGUUGCAUGCUUGGUCAAUGCGUUAGAUAUAGAGGAAUAUAUACUUUUAUAUCCGGUUUACUAUUUAUAUUYACAGGGUUGAUAAUGCUACUAGGUCUCAUAGUGUAUAUAUCUGUGUUCAAAGCAGAAGUGGGUAGUAAACUUAGGCCGCAGUCCCAAAUAAGGCCACCACUGUUCGAAUACCGAUACGGAUACUCAUUCCUACUGUACGCCUUUGGACUGUCCUCUGUAAAUUUAACGGGAACUGGCUGUAUUUUUUUAUUUAUAUAUAGAGUAAGGUACCAUUGGAGAAGGAAACAAAUCGACGAGCUGAGGAAGGGAAAUAGAACGCCUUCGAUACCAAACUUACAUAGAACUAUAGAGCCUCCAAUGCCUGUAGAGUAUCCAUGCAGGAGACAUCCUUAUUACUACGUUAACUCGAAUAGUACCGUUACGUUCCCCAGAAGUCCAGCAAGAAAUAUGUACCACAUGUCACCUAAGGAUAGUACCCAUGAGUCGCCUUGCACACUGCACCGAUCUCGUUUCCACCAAUCAACGCCCUCACUGAAAGAUGUCUCAGCGUCUUUCUAUGACUUUCCCCCACCGCCGACAAUUUCGUAUCAGUUCGACGAAAGAUUCACCAAUCGCGAGCGCGGAUUAUCCCGUGACGUCACCCUGAACACUGUCAACACAGUGUCGACGACUGCCGAUGUCAAUCUGGAUGAUUUGCCCGAACCGUACUUUGACGAUUAUUCGCCAAGUUUGCCGCAGGAGUUCGUUACUUUCGAUCUGGAUCAGCCGUUACCGAUCAGAGCUCAAAGUAUUGUGAGUAUAAGUUCGCGUGGUGGUAGUCGAAAAACGUUUGAAAAUGAUGCCAGAAGGACUACACCAGUGUAGAAGUUAAGCUCGGAUUAGAUUUAAGUUUCUAUAUACAAGUCGAUGGUUUGGGUUUUUGGUUCAGGUUUCUGAUCUAAAUUCCAGAUUUGAUUGAUCUGCAGCGUUAUUCAUUGGCUUUGGGUAGUGAAGGUUCUUUUUUAUGAACUGAAUUGUAAAAACACUGAAGACAAGUAGGUAUAAAUUAAUAAUCACUCAAAAAAUAUGCAAGUUAAGAUCAAAUUUUACCAAAUCAACUAAACCAAAAUAUAUCUCAAACAUGCGGCAUGCCGCUAAAAGUUUUAUAAAAAUUUAAUUUAUAGAUAACGUUCUGGUACUUUCAUCAAUCAAUCAACUUUAUGUAUUAAGACUGAUUGAUUUUGCAAAAAUAAGUAUCAAAUGCUUGCGCUCGUUUCUAAAAUUCUCAAAAUUGAAACAAUAUAAAUAUGGAAUGAAACUGAUUGAUUUUUAAUCAAAUACAAAUGUUCAAAUUCAUUCAUCAAAAGCAGAUGUGGUCUGUUUGGCACCCAAAACAAUAAAAAAAUCACUUCUCCAAAAACACACUUUCUGUAGAUGUAUGUAACAAAACGUGUUGGAUUAUGUUAGAUGAAAGUUACAUUCAUAAAUUAGUUUAAUUUCCGAAACGCGUAAAGAUAUACAGGGUGCCCUGAAAACACAUGAUCAGAAGGAUACUGUGACAUUCUUUGGUUCAUACGAAGACGAUCUGACCUAAAUUUUAUUCAGAAAAAGGCUACGUAAAAAUUACCGAGACACCUUUUCAUGCAUGUUUAUAAGUUUCAAUUGUUAAACAAAAAUUAUAGCACUUCGGGCAUUGGAAAGCUGGUGAUAAUAAUUCAUCCUAUGCACCAAGUUGAUAUUUAGUACAUUUUUAAAGUUUGAUUUGUUUUCAACGUAAAAAUUGCUUAAAAUGUGUAUCAUUCACUUGUUUGUUGAAUCCCAGUUUGUCGUAGUGAUUGGAUAUUUUAUAAUCUCCAACGCAAACAUACAAAAUAUGUGCAUUUCAAUAUCCUAGAUAAAAAAUUUCUAUUGAUUCAUCGUGUGUGCUUUUCUUAGUGUCUCCCGAUCCAAAUAUUGGCGCUUUUGUUUACCCAAAUCAAAAUGAUUAAUAGAAUUUCGGUUUAGUAUCUUUAAUAUUAAGUAAAACUUCCAAUAAAAAUUAUAUUUUAGUUCGUAAAAUUCAAGCAUUAAAAAAACCCCAGACUUUGCUUUGAUUAUUAUGCAAUGUCUGAUGUAACUUCAUGAAAUUUAUUUUCCUGCUUAAAUGAGGAAAAUCAAUUAACUUGAAGAGUAAAACCAGUAUAUUUUCAAAACACCUUAAUAAAGAUGCCGUUAACAUAUGGAAUAAAACAUGUAUAUAUUUAUAUAGACCGCUGGCAGAAUUUUAAAAUAUAUACCAAAAUUCGAUCAAGAUGUUCCAGAUUUUGUGAACAGAAACCCAAAAGUAUUUUUAAAUUUCGUACCAAAUCGUAUCAUCAAUAUUGUUUUCUCAUUACUCCCUAAAUAUAACGUAAUAAAGCCAAGUGAGCUUUAAGCAUUAAAUGUUGACCUCACGUCAACCGAUUUUCUUGGAAAUUCUUAAAUUCCGUGGCGUAAUACACAGUUACGUGAAAGUACAAUUCAAUUGCCCAAUAUCCAAUUUUAAUGAUCAGGCUUAAUUUAAGGUGAUCUUGCAUGACAUAAAUAGUUGAUUAAAACAAUCUUUUAUUUUCAAUUAUAAUUAUUAGAGGAAGUAAUACGCUUUUGUAAGUUAAAUUUAUCAAUAGCAAUGUCUGUAUUUUUGGAAUGAGACGAGAUAAUUGGCUUACAUUGUAUAUGUAUGCAUAUGAGUAGAUGUGAAAUUGAUGACUUGUCCAAAUAGAUUUCAUUAUCCUUAUUACAGCUGUUUCAAAAAGGAAAUAUUUUACAAAAGAUGUGGUUAUUGUUGACGAUUUUCUAGUUAGACUUAGGCAAAAAACAAUGACAUAAGUUAUUUACGUCUCACUUGGUUUUAUCUGGACUUUAAAAACCAAAAACAAAACCGGUGGAUACUUGAGUAUUCCGCAGCUGAUUUCUUGAGCGUUUUUUUCUGUUGUUGAAACGUUUUUUGUAAAAGUAUAAUGACUAAAACUGUGUCAAAAUGUCUUACAUAUCGUAAUAAUAAUUAGCAUUCGUUUUCAAUUGAUCCCACAUUGAAAAAUCGCACCUAAACUUAGUGAAAUUUAUAGAAAACACCAAUCAGUGGCAUAAUGUGCCAUUUGUAAAUAGUUAUUUUAAUAAGCACAGGAAAAAUCCGUGAUGAUACGAAAUUGUCUUCAGUUUUUGAGGAAGCUCUAAACAGUUACGAAACAUUGUUAGAUGCAUUCUGCUUUCAAGGGUAGGAGAUAUUAAUCUUGCCGCAGUGUGUUUAUAAAUUUCACUAAGCUUUACCUCGAUAAACAGCAUAUUGUUUGUAUACUAGGAGAAACAUGUUAUUUUAGCUGGUUAAACAGUCGUUGUUACCUAAAUAAAAUUUUAAUUAAGUAUAGUGAAUUCAUUGUUAAUAAUAAUGAUUACAAUGAAAAAACAUGCCAUGUAUUACAUGAACUGUAUAUAGUAUGAAUGACAUGUUAUUUCCAUGUUACACAUGACUAUAUUCUAAAUAAAACUUAUACCGAAUUUCGAA